AGGCAGAGCCUCAGCUUUACAUCAUCCUGACCUGCCAACAAAGGAACACAACAAUUCUUCUCCCUCCCCCCGUCGGUGGAAGACGUGAGAGUUGGGACUAUUGACACCGAUCUUUUCCCUUUACCCCCCUGUGCUUAGACAAAGACGGACAGGAGCAGCCCUGCCUGAGUGUUGGGAAAUAAGAGCCCUCCCACCCACCUCCUGCUAGGGCCAAGGGAGCGGGGAAAGCUGCCCGGAGCCGCCCCCUCUCAAAGCUGGAAGCGGGGGAGCGAGCCUGGAACAAACCUCGCUUGAGUUUGUGGGCAGAGCCGGGAGCAGGGAAAGCUGGGAAGAGAAAAGAGGCAUUUCACGCUCUCGGCUGAGUCACCCCGAGCGUAUAAAAUCAAGGCCAGGCAGUCGGAGCCGCUCCGAGCGGAGGCACGAGGCACCGGCACUUUUGGACAGGAAACAGGUCCUGCAAACCGCAGGGAUGAUGUCACCCUUGCUCAUCCUCUCUCUGCUGCUGGGGACCACAGCACAUGGCCCCGUGAGCAGAGCAGCAUCCAGGGAUGUCACCACCUUUUUCCAGCUGGCUCAGGAAGACACCUGGGAGAAUGUUAAUCUCACCAGCAUGUCCUGUGAGUAUUGGAAGAACAGGACCUGGAUCACCCUGCAGCUGACCAACAGCAGCCUGACAACUUUCCCCGUCUGCCUUCCGGAGGCCCUGCAGCGAUUGGAUCUCAGCAAUAACCUCUUGGAAGAGGUGAAUGGCACAGAGAUAGCAAACCUCCCUCAGCUGCGUGUCCUCUCGCUGAGGCACAACCAUCUCUGGUCAGUGAGGUGGGGAUCUGAAGCCCUCACCAGUCUCCUCAAGCUGGAUUUGAGCUUUAAUAAGCUGUCAUCUGUGCCAUCCUGCCACGGCUCUGCCCUGCCUAACCUGAGGUGGUUGUCCUUGGCCGGAAAUCCACUGAUUGAAAUCCAGCCACUGGCUUUUUCCUGCUACCCUCAGCUACACUUCUUGAACCUCUCUGCAACGCUGCUUGGGAAGGAUGACAGCAGAGGAAUUAGGGACUCUGCUUUUGCCAUCAGCACAGAUCCCAAGGAGGCCAUGAACAGGACUGAAAACUCCAUCAGUGUCCUUGACCUGAGCAGGACCUUUUUUGAGAAAAUUCAACCAGAGUGGGCGAGGGACUUGGCCAGCCUCAGAUCACUUCACCUGACAAACAUGCCACGGUUAAGAAGCCUCGAUGGCGACUUCUUCAAGUACCUGCCUGGUCUCCAAGAGCUGCACUGCCAGGACUCUCAUUCCCUGAGUUUUGUGCAGACAGAGAUGUUUGACAGUGCUCCUCACCUGAGCCAUCUCUCAUUUGAGAACUGUAACCUGAGUUUCUUUAACCCUUGGAACACAAAUUCAUCGGAAGGCAUCACCAUCAACUUGUCUGGGAAUCCUCUGCUGUGUGACUGCCAGCUCUCCUGGCUGCUGUCCAAGCCCGAGAAAGUUGUUCUGCAAAAGGCUCGGGAGACUUUUUGCACAUCCCAGGAAGAUUCGGGCAGACCUCCAACACCUUUUUCACUGCUGGAGCUCUACAAUAAAUGCCAGUCAGAGAGCAAUGUUACACUGCCCGAUUCAAACACAGCCCUUCCUGAUCAUGAUUCUUUCAGCUUCACCAGCGAUGAGACCUCUACUGUUGUAACAACCUACUCAGCUCUGUUUACCACGGAUUUGACUCAAACCAGCUCCCUGAUCUAUGGGGAUGUGAUGAGCACUGCAGCAUCCAACCCAAUGCUAACCAAAGACUCUUCUACCAGCUCCCUGAUCCAGGGGGAUGUGAUGAGCACAGUGACAUCCAACCCAAUGCUCACCAAAGACACUUCCACCAGCUCCCUGAUCCAGGGGGAUGUGAUGAGCACAGUGACAUCCAACCCAAUGCUCACCAAAGACACUUCCACCAGCUCCCUGAUCCAGUGGGAUGUGAGGAGCACAGUGACAUCCAACCCAAUGCUCACCAAAGACACUUCCACCAGCUCCCUGAUCCAGUGGGAUGUGAGGAGCACUGCAGGAUCCAGCCCAACUGAGCCCAUCCUAGCGAAGGCCAACAGUUCCUCCCAUGAGAAAGCAGUUUCUGAAUCCACAAGCAAUCCCCCUUCCUCGGCACCUGCUACCUCCUUCCCAGUUUUUUUCCAAGAGUUCUUUGCUCAGUCCCCAGAUCACAGCUCCACAAGCCCAGCUGGAACAGAACAGCCACAGAGAGGGCUCAGAACAAUACACACAACAUUCCCCCGGGAAGGGCCAUUCAGCCAGACCACCAGUGACUAUUCCACUGGAGGGGCAGGAGUCCCACACACCACCAGCCAUCCCACUCACUCCUUUGCCACCCAUGGCAGGGAAGGUGCCCCCCAGACAAGCCCCCCCCAGGUGAUCUCCACGAGGAGCAGGGCCCACCCAGAGGCUGCAGCCAGCACGCCACCAUCACACUACACCGAUGACUACGACUACGAGGAGCAGCCUAAGGAGCCCUCGGUGCACACAGCCCACGUGGCCUGUGACUACAGUCCCUGCAGGCACCUGCAGAAGCCGUGCAAGGAGCUCCAGAACAUAACCCAGUGCUCGUGUCCUGGCACGUCGACGGAAGAUAAGAUUCCAGACCCCCCCAGGCUCAGAGAGGUGAUUGAAAUCACUGACAGCUCUGCACAGAUACGCUGGUGUGCCCCGUACUCAGUUGUUCACAGUUAUGAGCUGGUGCUUCGUGCCCAAGACAGUGAGGACAGGCAGUUUGUCAUGGACAACAUCUACCCCACGGCCAGGCAGUACACUCUGUAUAACCUGCUGCCAUUCACCACUUACCACGUCUGUGUGUCUGCCUCCAACAAAGCAGGCUCAAGCCAGAAAACAGGCCAGGAAAUUCCAGGUAAUUCGUGCACCAGCUUUAGAACAAAACCCAGCUACAAGUAUGUUUUUGCUGGUCUGUCUGCAGCAAGUGGACUCUUUCUAAUUACCACAAUUAUUUUAUCUGUAUGUCUGUGUAAGGCAUGUAAGAAGCCUCAGAGUGAACAGUAUGGUACACACUUAGUCUCCUAUAAGAACCCAGCGUUUGAUUAUCCCUUAAAACUACAAACCACUAAUUAGCUCUGGGUGAUUGUUCCAUGCAUUCAAAGCUCACUAUCUCCAUUGCCUUGGUGUGUUUUUGUGAGACUCUGAAAAUGUGCUUCAGUAAAAAACUAUGAACCAUCAGAUUCCAUAACCUUGACGUUUCUAAGGGAGAGAAAACCACCAAAAAAAAGAGAAAAAACUAAUAAUGAAGGUAGUCAACCAGAAAAAAGUGUUUGGACUCCUGUUCCUGUGCUAAGCAGCAGCAAGCCUGCACACUAUCCUUAAAAAGUUGUUUUUGUAAUGACAUACAAAUAGAGUAGCAUAAAUUUCACACAGUGAGAGGCUGCCUGGCCAACUGUCUGCCUCCAGGAUCUCUCCUGAACACAGGCAGAUGAGAGCUGUAAUCCAAGGUGCAUUAAGCUGAGUGAGACACACUCUGCUUUUACUCACAGAGCAAAGCUGGGGGUUCCAUUUUUUAAAGGUAUUAUCCAUAAAGAGAGUGAAGCUGAAAGGAGUGAGCGGGCUCAGUGACAAGGUGCUGCACAGAUCUAACUCCUCUAAGUAAAUGCAGUGGAUGCACAUAAUCAAUCUAACUUCAGGAAAAAGAAACACGAAAUUUAAUUGUAGUCACAGAUUGUGCAGGAUCUGCAGGGCAGGGAUAAUUGUUUUGUUACAACUUCUUAUGAAGUUGUCCACGAUGAGCCUCUCAAGUGCUUCCCCAAAACAAGCUCAAAGGCAGUGGGGGGUUUGCAGUGCAGCAGUGACCCACAGAAGAGGUGAGGUGAGUAUUUUAACAUUUGCUUCCCAGUGGAUUUUAAGCAGAGAGGAUGUUCCGUCCCAAUCAUCCAUCCCAUUUCCAGAUUUAGCAGCUGAUGAUUUACCUCAUACAGGGGCAAAAAGCCAAGUAAUGAAGCAAUUUCAUGCACAUGCUGCUGAGACUUGAAAAAGCCAAAUCCCCUGCACUAGAAGCAGGCAGUGCUGCAGACACCUUUCAAAUGAACUCUUGGGUGCCAAUUUCUGUACAAUAAUAAUAAGAGAUGCUGACAAUCCCAACUUUGAGCUUGCCAUUAGAAUCUGAAGAGGUGUCCCAAUCUGAUAUUUCCCCAUAGGUUUCAUUUCCAAGAGCUGCCUGCUCCUGCUACUGUACAGUGCAUAAAACCCCCUGAACUCUGAGGGCAAGGUUCUGUACUGUAUAAAAGAGUCUCUGUUCUAUUCUUUUGGGGUUUUUAAUGCUUUCAGUAUUACAGAAAUAAAAGCCACAGAGCUAUGUUCUGGUUUUUUGUUAAAGACCUGGA